AUGCUUUGUCGCUCAAUUGCAGACUAUUGGGUGCCUCAGGAAGUAACUAUUCCUGUUGUUCGACAAACAAUAUGUAAAUGUCAAUUCAACUUUUGUUUGCUGUACUUGGCUCCAAAUGUAAAAAGUUCACAUGUAACGGUAUUGAAAAUCAUUACUUGUGACAUGAAAAGAGAUUCAAUGUUAACACCAAAAGAUGACUGUAUUUUUUGUUCCAUUGCUUAUGGAAAGACAAAUCAAACAAUCCGUUUCGAAACCAAUGAUUUAGUGAUAUUUGAUGAUCACUUACCAAAAGCGCAGUAUCACUUUCAGUGUGUUCCUAAGAAGCAUAUAAGGAACGCUAAGUAUUUGACAUAUGAAGAUAUACCACUAGUUAUGGACAUGAUUAAUUGCGGAAGGAAUUAUCUUACUAGUCAAAUGAAAUUGGACCCAGAAAAUUUUCUGUUUGGAUUUCAUUGGCCACCAUUCAAUAGUGUUCAUCAUUUACACAUGCAUAUCCUUGGACCUAAACAACUUAUGGGUUUUAAUCCAAUGUUUGAUACACGGUAUCGUAUCUUCCGAAAGGUUGAAAGCGUUUUAGAAAAGCUCAAAAUUAAAGGGGAGAAGUAA